AUGAACCCACAUGCUUCAAACACCAACGUGAAUGCCUUAGACCUCUCUGAGAUAUCUGCAACGACGUCGUUUCAGGAUGCCUCCCCGUCAUGCUUCCGGAGCAUUUUGUUGGCGGAGAACUCGGAGGAGCUUCCGUUGAAAGAGGAUGACGCCGACGACAUGGUUAUCUACGGUGCUUUGUGUGAGGCGGCCGCCGCCACCACCGGAUUGUUCCCCGCCACUGGAAACGGGGUGAGCAACGUGGCUUUGAAAGUAGAAAAUGAGGGUCAAACUGGUAUCACUAAAGCCGCGGGUAGUACUGACGCGCCUCCAAUGAGAGGGCUGAGCUACCGCGGUGUACGGAGGAGGCCGUGGGGGAAGUACGCGGCGGAGAUAAGAGACGGUAAGAGAAAUGGUGUGAGAGUGUGGCUUGGAACCUACGAAACUGCAGAAGAUGCAGCUUUGGCUUAUGAUCGAGCAGCGUUUAAAAUGCAUGGCUCGAAAGCAAAGCUGAAUUUUCCUCAUUUAAUUGGUUCCAAUGAUACCGAGCCAAGUAGGGUUACGUUAAAGAAACGCUCUUUUGAUGUUUUCUCAUCAUCGAAUGUGUCAUCGUCAUCAAUGGCUGCAAAGCGGAAUUAUAGAUGGGGUGAGUCAAAUCGAGUUGGAUCAACCAUUCUCAAAUCUGGAUUCAAAUCUGUAUUCAAACAACUCUCGUUGUCCUCAACAAGGGAACAGUCAAACCAAUUGAAGGAUGCUUCCGCCGCGAACUUCAGUUUCUCGAGCAUUUUCGCAGCGGAGAAUUGGGCUGAGCUGCCGUUGAAGGAGGACAACACCGACGACAUGGCAAUGUAUGCCGUUUUGCGUGAGGCCGCGGCCACCGGAUGGUUCCCCUCUAAUGGCAAUGAGGUGAGCAACGUUGGUGUAGCCGUGAAAAUGGAAAAUGAGAGGGUUGAGCUACCGCGGUGUGCCGAGGAGGCCGUGGGAAAGUACGCGUCGGAGAUAAGAGAUGGUAAAAGAAGUGGUGAGAGAGUGUGGCUCAGAACCAAUGCAACUGCUGAAGAUAGCUUUGGCUUAUGA